UCUCCUUCCAGCUGCCUCGCCUUGCUGCUUUACUACCAGGAUUACCUAUUAUUGAACCAUUUUACCAUUCUUUUUUUUCCCGAGAGAGAGGUUCGAUGCUUUUUUGAUUUUCUUAAUGAAUCUGACGAAAGCAUCGCCGUUUAAUUUCCUGACAAUUGGGACAUGAUCACAUCGCCUUCGGCGUCUGCCUUGAAAAAUAGUGAUAUUUGUGUAACGUGGGAAAGAAGCAGUUCUCGGAAUAGCAGCUCAGCGAGCGUCAACAAGCCUUUUCUCCACUCCGCACCUCCGUCGGAUCCAUUACGGCAAGCAAACCGGCUUCCCAUCAAGGUUUUGAAAAUGCUUACCGCACGGUCGGGACACAUUUUGCACCCGGAGUAUCUGCAGCCUUUGCCUUCUACCCCGGUUAGUCCUAUUGAGCUAGAUGCCAAGAAAAGUCCGUUGGCUCUGCUGGCGCAGACCUGCUCUCAGAUCGGCAAACCGGACCCACCACCCUCCUCCAAAUUGUCCUCCGUAACACAAAAUGGAUCUAGUGAGAAGGAAUCUAAAUCUGGUCCUUUGAAAAUGAGUGACAUCGGUGUGGAUGACAAAUCCAGCUUCAAACCUUAUUCUAAACCUUCAGAUAAAAAGGACUCGUCUUCGGGUGUCUCAGGCGGAGAUAAAUCUGGUUUCCGAGUGCCGAGCGCCACCUGCCAGCCGUUCACGCCGCGGACAGGCAGCCCCAGCUCCAGCACUUCAGCCUCCCCUAUGUCAUCAGAGGGGAAGUGUGGGGAAAGGGAUGAAAAGAAAGAGUCUGACUGUAAUAAAAAUGGCACUACGGACGGGUCUGGCACCACUAGCCACAGCAGGAUAAGUGUGAGUUGUGGUGGAAUUAACGUGGAGGUCAACCAACACCAGGAGACGACGCAUGGCACUAAAACCUCCUCCUCGGAGUCCCCAUCUGUAACUUCUGUAUCCUCCGCGUCCGUUCUCGGGUCAGGACUUGUGGCGCCGGUUUCUCCAUACAAACCGGGACAGACAGUUUUCCCUUUGCCUCCUGCUGGUAUGACCUACCCAGGCAGCUUGGCUGGGGCCUAUGCUGGUUACCCUCAACACUUCCUGCCCCACGGAGGGAGCUUGGUUAACGCACAGCUGGCUAGUUCACUGGGCUGCAGUAAGGCUGGAUCCAGCCCCUUGGCUGGGGCUUCUCCACCGACCAUCAUGUCAGCCAGCCUGUGCAGAGACCCUUACUGCCUCAGUUAUCAUUGUGCCAGUCACUUAGCGGGCGCAGCCGGUGCCUCCUGCACGCACGAGUCAGCUGUAGCGGCCGCUAACGCCCUCAAGUCCAGCUACCCACUAAUGUACCAGACACACCCUAUGCAUGGCGUUCAUUCCUCGGCACCAUCAUUUAGCGGACACCCCCUGUAUCCAUACGGUUUUAUGCUUCCCAACGACCCUCUCCCCCAUGUUUGUAAUUGGGUGUCGGCAAAUGGACCGUGUGACAAGCGUUUCUCCUCUUCAGAAGAGCUCCUGAAUCACCUGAGGACACACACUGCUUUUACUGGGGCUGAGAAGUUGAUAUCUGGUUAUCCCGGCUCUUCAUCACUGGCCAGCGCUGCAGCAGCGGCCAUGGCCUGCCAUAUGCACAUGCCACCGUCUGGAGCCCCCGGUAGCCCUGGGACUUUGGCUCUGAGGAGCCCGCAUCAUGCAUUAGGACUCAGCAGCCGCUACCAUCCCUACUCCAAAAGUCCCCUGCCAGCCCCUGGAGCCCCUGUUCCCGUCCCUGCAGCCACCGGCCCUUACUACUCCCCUUAUGCACUGUAUGGCCAGAGACUUACCACAGCAUCAGCGCUUGGAUACCAGUGAGGAGAAAAAAAGACUUUGAAAAGUUUAUAGUACUACGAAUGCAAAUAUAAAGACUUUUAUAUUAACAGCGCUAAACUUAUGGGCGGGAUCCGUGGACUUCAACUGUAUUUAUUUAUAUGUCGGCUUAAAAGCAGACGAGAAUAGCUGCAAAUGGAAAAUAUUUGAGCAACUCAAAAAGUGCAUUAUGUUGAAACUGAACUCUAUAGGUAAAGUGAAAAAAAAAAAAAAACACACACACCACACACACGUUAGAGUACAAAUUAAAGUAGGGGUCUUCAUUUCGAUGUUAAUUUGAAAUUGCUAUGAUUGUAUUUGUUCUUAUUUAAUGUCUCAUGGAGAAGAAAAAAAUAAUUUACAUGCAUGUUUGUUUCUUAAAUUUCAGAAAUUGUCCACAUUUUAAAUUGCCGUUAUUUUUCAGGUGUAUAGGCGACCUUGGAAAGAGAAUUGGUAUUUUUUUGUAUGUAUUCUGGAAAAAAAAUAAGAAACAAUUCUGUUCCAUAUCUCUGUGUGCCUCAUUUUCUGGAGUAUUAACAUUGUUCACUUUAAAACGAAUAAUUACAUUUAUUUGCCAAUGACAUCCCCCCACCUCCCACCCCCCAAAAAAGAAGCCUGUUUUAUUGCUGGUGUGAAUGCCUCAUUAGAACAUUUCCGCGACACAGGCCUAUGGAUUUUUCCAGUCUUACUAUUUCUCUUUCUUUUUAUUUUACUUCCUUUCUCUCUUUUUUCCUUCAAAUACAUUAUUUUAUAUGCCAAAUAAUUGAGAAGCUUUAAAAACUUACGUUCAUCAGGGCACACGUGUUCUAAAGUUUAAAUUUAAUGCAACUUGUGUGUGUGUGUGUGUGUGUGUGUG